UGGCGCUGUUGAGAGAAAAUAAAAAUACAGACAGGCCUAGGGUAGUCUAGCCUAGCUAGGCUAGACUUUGGUUUUUUUAGGCUGGCUUAGGCCUAAGAAGUUUUUGACCAGGGAAUCAGGCAUACACAAUGAUGUGGAUACAUAUUUGUUGGUUUGGUGGUGUUGUCUUGCGCUUUGGUCUUCUCAUCUACGGCCAUUGGCAAGAUUCGACAAUGGCGGUCAAGUUCACGGAUGUCGAUUACUACGUGUUUUCAGACGCAGCCAAGCACAUUUCAAAGGGAGAAUCACCUUAUGAAAGAUCUACAUAUCGCUACACGCCUGUUCUUGCCUUUCUAUUGCUGCCAAACAUCUACGUGGCUGAAGUGAUGGGGAAGCUACUGUUCAUCCUCUGCGAUUUACUGACAGGGAUUAUGAUAUACAAGUUAGCUGACUUGCGCGGUGCACCAAAGACAGCGGCCGUUUGGUGCUGUGCAUUGUGGAUGUUUAAUCCACUUCCGGCUGUGAUAGCCAGCCGAGGAAAUGCAGAAUCUAUAAUGACGAUGCUGGUGUUAAGUAUGUUGUAUUUCUUUUCGCAAGGUCGUGUAAAGAUGUCGGCGGCAGUGUUUGGUUUAGCCGUUCAUUGGAAGAUCUACCCGAUCACCUACGCAUUGCCAAUGUACUUGGCCCUCGCAGAUAGUACAAAUAAUGCUGGAAUGUUGGACUUAUUUUGGCCAAAUAAGAAACGGCGAGAACUUGUGCUUGUGUCUGCCUUUACAUUUCUAAUUUUAACAUGUUUAAUGUACUGGCAGUAUGGUUAUGAAUUUCUUCAAGAAUCCUACUUCUACCAUCUCACAAGACGUGACAUUCGACAUAACUUCUCGCCGUACUUCUGCUUGCUGUACCUGACCGACGAAUGGAGCGCUUCGGUUUGGCUGGGCCUGUUGACGUUCCUACCACAGGUCAUUCUUCUCGUAACCGUAUCAUUUUGUUUGUACACGAAUCUUCCUGUGUGUUGCUUGGUACAAACUUGUAUAUUUGUGGCAUUCAACAAAGUCAGCACUUCACAGUAUUUUUUGUGGUAUUUGAGCAUCUUACCCGCAGCAUUACCUCACGUUGUACAUGAACCUUUAGCAGUUCUGUCAAGCUUUGUUCCAUGGAUAUUGGCCCAGGCAUCAUGGUUAUUCUUUGCAUACCUACUGGAAUUUGAAGGACAACAAGUGUUUUUGUGGCUAUGGCUUUGUGGUCUGCUUUUUUUGUUCUCUCAUGUUGGUCUGAUCGGAGACUUCAUAACAUGGUCAACAUGUUCUAAAUGUUCUAAAGCUCCCAAAGUGAAGACAACAUGAUAAGCAACAGUAGUUUUAAAUUGAAAUUGAAUGUUCCCAGUAUUCUAUUUUCAAGUGGAGUGGUAGCUCCUGAAGAUUGCUGACAGGGAGUCCGACAUCUGACAGGGUGUCUGAGCCAGUGGGCCGACUAGGGCCUUUGUCAGGGUCCCGGUAUAGAAAUCUCUAAUAGGAUUCACAGGGAAUUUUUUUUGUGGAUAAGUAAGUCAGAUUAAAGGGCUGUGGGGCCUGGGGCUGUAAUUGCAAGUGGGCCUAAAUACUCCAUGACUAAAACAUAAAACCAGAUUUUCGGUAAUUUUUCUUGGAGUUCGGGGGCCUAUUUUUCCCGAUUGGGGCCUGUGGGCCUGGGGCUGCUACCCCAAAAACCCCUGUGUUGAUCUGGCCCUGUGGAUUAGUAUAAUUAAAAAUCAAAAUAAUGCUACUUCGAUAGAUUAAUUAUUUUUGAUCUGAUGACCUGUUUGUGGCAUCGGAUUACUGGUGUACAGGCCUGUCCGACGCUUGUAUAUGUUUAGAAAAAUCUUUUUUUUGAUACAUGUAAUGUAAUGUAUUGUAUUGUGAGAUUUAUAGUAAUGUAAUUUACCAAAGAUUCAGAGUGCUGCAAAGAUUACAAAAAGUCACAAAAACAAAAUGACUGGAAAAAUAAAUCUAUGUAUUGCCGUCAAAAUGUGUUAUUACAUGAUCAUAAAAGACUUAUUGAUCCUAACCAAAAAUGUAAUUCUACUGGAGAAGAACAUUAAUAUAAUAUGUUGGGAAUAAUGUUGCUUUAUUAGAUUUGUUUACGUUAAGUAGGGUUUUUAUUCAAGGAAAAAAUAAAUGCCUUUGGGCGUUUAAUUCGAGGAAGGCAAAUGGGGCGUUUAUUUGAAUAAAAGACGGUGUAAUCUGUUAAAGUAUUAAAUCUAUGCUCAGUUGCAUUGUUUAACUGUAAAAAUUGUUUAUAAAAUUGUGCAACUCGUCUGUUGUCUUUUAUAUUACGAUAGUACUAUAUUUAAAAUUAAGAGUUAAGCAGCUAUAUAAAUACCAGGUGGGUGUGGAAUUCUAAAUAAAUAAUCAUUUAAAAAAUAGAUUAAAAAAAAAGUAAAGCUUCUUUAGACAUCCCCAACAACAUGCUUAGGUAGAUAGCAUGAUACCUGCCAAAAUUUAAGUAAUAAAAAUCGGGAGAACAAAGUACGGUGAAUGUGUUACUUCAUAAAUUGUUAUUUUAGCCCUACCCGCCAACCGAGGGCCGGAGGCUGAGCGGGGGCUGUUCCCCUCUCGUGUCCCCCUCUCACGAGGUGGUGGUCCGGGUGAGAAUCCCCCGCAAGCUUCAUGAUUUUUUUUUCUUUUUAUCGAGCCAAAAUGAUUGAUUUGGAUAUGUAACUAAUUACUAAUUUGUAAAAUUUGAUUUAGGCCAAAUUCGACCAUUCGUAUGUAGUGAUAAAAUUCAUUCUUAAAUCAAGAGAAGCUGGGGGUCGGGAGAACGAUUUUCAAUCGGGAGACAAUUGUCUCAAAAUCAAGAGUCAACGGUGUUGGCAUGUAUGAAGUAGUUAUUUUGAAUUUGGGGAUCUGCCACUGAAAUAGUUUUGUUAUAUUAUAUAUUGGGAGAACUUGUAAAGUCAAAAUGUAUAAUAUGGUUUUGUUUUUCAUGUUUACUGUUAAUUAAUGUUAUACAUUUUGUCUGUGGUAAACAGCAGUUUUGUUUUCAACGGAUAACGCCUUCUUGCUGCUUCCUACUGUCUAGAUGAUGGACCAUUAAAUGGAUGAAAUGAAAUUGAAGUUUGUUUCUCUUCUGAUGUUCUUAUGUGCAUACUAAUACUAUUAAAUUCAAAGUCUUGAAUAUUA